AGAGCGGGAAGGAGGGGGACCCUGUCGUCGGGGGAUGAGAGGACAGAAAAUGAAGUAGGGAGAGCGAUGAAGAGGGGCCAAGAAGUGGUACGCGAGAAAGGCAAGGAGCGAGAGGGAAGGAAAGAGCGUAUGAGUUUGAGAAAGAAGAAAAACUGGACGUGGAGAGCCACCGAAGGCCACAAUCUCCAACUGUGUACUGCUCUGGAGACCAUGGAAAGCUGGGUCAGUGUGGGAGCUUGGGAAAGGCAUCCCACAGCAGAGUCUGUGGCCUGCAUGCUGUACAUUGCUAACAAGGAACAGGAGUCUGUGAUGGCUACCCCAACACCUGAAUCCAUGUGCAGUGGGGAAGAUGAGCCCAGAAACUGUGUGGUAUGUGGGGACCGAGCUACAGGUUAUCAUUUCCAUGCCCUGACCUGUGAGGGCUGCAAGGGCUUCUUCAGACGAGCAGUCAGCAAAAGCACUGGUCCCACCUGUCCCUUUGCUGGAAGUUGUGAAAUCAGCAAGGCCCAGAGGCGGCACUGCCCUGCCUGCAGGUUGCAGAAGUGUCUAGACGCUGGCAUGAGGAAAGACAUGAUACUGUCAGCAGAAGCCCUGGCAUUGCGGCGAGCCAAGCAGGCCCAGCGGCGGGCCCAGCAAACAGCUCUGCAGCUGAGUAAGGAGCAAAAAGUGAUGGUCCAGAUCCUUCUGGAUGCCCAUACUCGCCAUGUGAGGACCAUGUUUGACCAGUUUGUUCAGUUCAGGCCUCCAGCUUACCUGUUCAUCCGACACCAGCGCCCACCCAUCAUGGUCCCUGAGCUGCCUCUGCUCAUGCACUUCGCAGAUAUCAACACCUUCAUGAUAGAGCAAAUUAUCAAGUUCACCAAGGAACUGCCCCUUUUCCGGUCCCUGCCCAUGGAGGACCAAAUCUCCCUUCUCAAGGGGGCAGCGAUAGAAAUGAUUCAGAUUGCACUGAAUACCACUUUCUGUCUCCAAACUCAAAACUUCCUCUGUGGGCCUCUUCACUACACUAUAGAAGAUGGAAUUCAUGUGGGAUUCCAGAGAGACUUUUUGGAGUUGCUCUUUCACUUCCAUGGGACACUGAGACGACUAAAGCUCCAGGAGCCCGAAUAUGUGCUCAUGGCUGCCAUGUCCCUCUUCUCUCCUGAUCGGCCUGGAGUUACCCAGAGGGAAGAGGUUGAUCAGCUACAGCAGUGCAUGGCACUGACUCUAGACAGUUACAUCAAAGGCCAGCAGCUGAGGUCUCGAAAUCGGUUUCUGUAUGCAAAACUGCUGGGCCUGUUGGUGGAGCUCCGGAGCAUUAACAGCAUAUACUGGCACCAAAUCCAGCUCAUCCAGGGACUGCCCGCCAUGAUGCCCCUGCUCCAGGAACUCUGCAGCUGAGGCCGGGCUCAUCACCUCCCCAGCCCUCCUGGGCCAUGCUGGACGGGAAAGGGAAAUUGUUGGGACAACAUAUUGGGAACAGGAGGAAGGGAGCUCAGUGAUUACAGUGAAACACAAAAGUAAUAACUGCCUCUUCAUGCGGUUGUGGGGGUCAAGUUGUUCUCUGGAAGCACAGAAUGUGAAGAAGGAAGCACCCUCAGGGAAAAGAGGUAAUGCUCCUUCUGGGAAUGGGAGACCCCCACUUUCUGAGGCUAAAGAUUUAGCCUCUCAGCCCUACUUUCUCAGCCUCAGGAGGCUGUGGGAUAGGACAACAGAAUGGCGAGCAAGUCUCAUGCAGACUUUUCCGCUCUGAAGAGGAAUGGGCCAGGUGCUUUAGUCCAAAGGAAAACGAGGACGAGAGGAAGAAAAUUCAGCCAGACACACCUCUUAAUCUUCUCCCUUUGUCCAGAGCCACAAGCCUGGGGAAGGGGAGAGUGGGUCUGGUGGCAGAAGUAGGAGCCUCAAACCACCGCCUCAUCAGCUGACCCUGUGGCAACUCCAGUUCUGAGGAGGGCAUGGUCCUGUCCCCCACUCUGCUCCUGAGACCUAAGGGUCACCUAGCAAGAUGGGCUCUGGAGAGGAACCUAGUGUUUGGCCCCAUGGCACCUGACUCAGAGGUUCAAGCUGCUGUGGGCCCAGCUCUGGGACAACCUCAGCCCACAGUGAUGCUGAAGCCACAGUGGAACCUGUUGCGCCAGUGGUUGAGGAAAGCUCCAAGAGCUAGGGUGACGGGCAGGGGAGGCAUCUUCUUCUCCAGCACAGCACCUACACACCAGUUACUAUCCACCAAGCCUGCAAGGGAAAUGAGUAUCAGCAAGGUUAUUUAACCGGCCUUGGAGAAAGGAGACUGCGGAAGUAAGGGAGGGCCUCCCUCCCUCUGUAUCCCCUGAUCCCUCAGCACUUCCAAAUGUCAUCACAGUGACACUCACCUCUAAACACCAUGUUGGCCUGGGGCAGAGUCAGGUGGUAACCAAAGGAGAAGGUUGUGUCCUGUAGCCUUGUGUUUGCCUCAAAUUCCACUCCAACCUGAACCUGAGAAACAUAGGCAAGGAGAGGGGGAUCCAUGUCACUGAAGACCAGAGGGUCCUCAUAGGGGACCAGCAGAAUGAAGGCAAUGUGACAGUGUGAGUCAUACCCAGUGUGAGGAGGAAAAACACUAGGCCAGAGAUGAUCAAAUCAUGUUAUACACAUGUACAAAUAUGCAAAAAUGAAACUUACUAUUCUGUGUGA